AUGGCGCCCGGAAUCGUUUAUAGUGGCGUGGGGGGCGCUGAGGGCGAUGGAAUAUUCAAGGGACUCAAGUUCUGGAUCGCUCAGCGGGUGCCCAUGAGAAGUACCUGGGUUGAGCGCAUCGAAAGCAAUGGCGGUUCGGUCGUUAAGCUGGAUAAGCUUGCUGACAUGAUCAUUGCCGAUCACAAGAGAAAAGAUGCACCGCCAGGGUCAUACUCGUGGAAGCUGAUCGACGACAGCGUGAAGGAAGGCAAGUUAGCGGACCCAGAGACCUACCUGAUCGGUCGUCCUCUCGGUACUUCGAGGCCAGUUGCAUCAUCACAACCCACCAAGGGUACACGCACGCCGUUUACCAAACAGGACGACGAUAUUCUUGUCGCAUGGGUCAUGCCCUAUUUUAGAAGAGGCGAAAGGACUGCCGGCAAUGAGAUAUACCAGCAGCUCGAACAGAAGUAUCCGCAUCACACCUUUCAAUCCUGGAGAGAUCGCUGGGUCAAGAAACUGAGACAUAUUCACGAGACGAAUGCGGCCGCGGCCAGCGGCCCUCAAAUGCCACCGCCUUCGCCUGCUCCAGCGCAAAAAUCUCCUUCUCGCCCGCCAGUCAAGCAGGCUUCAAAGAAGAUCGCACCCGAAUCCCGGGUCAAAUUCACUGAAGAGGAUGACGAUCUCUUGCUCCUUUACGUUCGGGAGCGGGUUGGCGAUAGAGGUAUUGGUGCAGAUGGAAAUAAGAUUUACCAGGAAUUCGCCGAAGACUUCCCGCACCAUUCAUGGCACUCUUGGCGCGACCGCUUUAUCCGCCACCUGAGGCCACGAUUAGAAGCUUCUGAGUCUCAUGAGGAGGAAGCAACCUUGUCGCCCGCCAAACGCAAGUCGCCCCAAAAGACGCCGACGCAGUCUCCACAGCAGCCAAAGCAACCGAUCUCUGCCACCCCGUCCAAGCAUAUCCAGCAACGACAGCAUCAGAAUUCACGCUCGCCAGCAGCCGCAGAGAUACAGAACAAGGACUUCCAGCAGACUAAUGAAACUGAGGAUGCUGAGGUCGGUCUGUCGACAGAAGAUGGUCAGCAGGAGCCUGUGGAAGACGAGGAGCAUAGCUCCGAUUUGCCACCAGCGGACCCUCGAACAAACAGACAACAAUUCUUCGACGACCUGAAAUCCUUCAUGGAAAGCAACGAGGAUUUUAUCAAUCUGUGGCCUCAGGUGAAUGGCCAUGCCAUCGACCUUUUCGAUCUGUACCAGAAGGUAACAGCGGACAACCCAGUCCCUGAGCACCGAAAUUGGGAACAGAUCGCCGAGGCACUCGACUUUGACUGGAUCGAGGAUCCUUCCAUUUUGGGCAAUCUGCAGACAUGCUACGAGAAACAUCUCGGCGAAUUCGAGCUCGCCCUUCAAGAGUUUGAGGAUAUCGAACAAGAUGACGAAGGUGAUGGAUCAGAAGAAGAAGAGGAAGCAACAGCAUUUCCGCCCACGGCAGCCAUGAGGUCUUCUCCCCCUGUUGUUACUGGCUUGAAGCGCUCCAUGGAGAUGGCAAUGAUGUCGGACGCCAGUCUUGACCCAGAAACCAGCACCAGGAAGCGAUCCCGGCGUGAUCCACAUGGAGAGAUUCCGAGCACGCCCGAUGAGAAAUUGGGCAUUAGAAGGCCACAGAAGCUGGCGGCUCCUCUCCCAAUGCCCAAGACACGCGAUAUCAUAGCAAGCCCCGAACUCGAUAGCGUCCGAGAAAGCUCCCAGCAACUGCCACCACGGACUCGGAUCGUCCACCAACCACCGGUGGAGCCAGAAACUCAAUGGUUUGAUGCUCAGACACAACAGCAGGAAGACGAUGUCUUUUUUGAUGACGGGCUUGAUAUCACGCCUUCCCAGCAGCUCCGCUCCGAGAUCGAGCAAGUCAGUCCUAUUCCGUAUCGGCUCCAGAAGCGAGACAAUGGCUUGGCUUCCACAACGCAAGGAUCAGGAUCUGGGAAUGGUAUGUCUGAGAAAGCGAGAGGCAAAUUGCCCGUGAGGGUCAGCGAGCCGUUGUCGAGGAGCCGAGAUAUGCCGUCGAGGAGUCAGAACGAAUCGUCAACAGAGCAGAAAGCGAAACGUCGAACCUUGCCUUCGUCGUUUGGUGUGCCCCGACCUACUCCACCCUCGGUUCAACCACAGCCCGCCCGACAUAUACCAAGACCUACGGAGGACGAGGAAGAGUCGAUGUUCGUUCAGGACGACGAUCCUUCACCAGAGCCAGUGAGGCCUAUGCAGACGGCUCCGCAUUCGUUGACUGCCUUAAGAGCCGCUGCACUGCCAAACGUCGGGACUCGUCAUCGAAGCUCUCCUCAACUUCCUCCCACAAAGACGCCCACAUCGACUGAGCAGAAUAAGCUCGCAGAGACCAUCGACCAUUUUAUAUCCAUCGGCUAUCCCGAGAACAUCGUCAUCCAGGGACUCAAAGCCGCGACCAUGAACGUCGGGCUCGCGGGCUCGGCCAUGGAGUCGCUCAUGGCGGGCAAGGGGAUCCCGACGCACCACGAGGGCAUCUGGACGCAGAGGGAUGACCAGGCACUGGAGCUGGUGGACUCGGCGAUGGACAGUCACGGCAAGCAGUCGGAGAAGGAGAUGAGGAAGAUCCAGAGGGAGUGGAGGAGGUUGUCGUACAAGCACGGGGUCGAGAGGAUCGAGGAGCGGAGGAAGUUCUUAAGCAUGAUGGAUGCGUAG